AUGUCAAAUACAACGCGAUUCAAUAUUGAAGACGGAGCGAAGAACAUUUCCAUAUGUAAUAGUCCUGAGAAAAUGCAAAGAAAACUCAUAUUCGAUGUUGUCAAAGACAUUUUACCAGAAAGAAAUCUAAAAGGGAAGAAGCUUUUCGAAGAGCUACGUAUAGAAAUAGACGAGUUACAACCUCGAAACAGGAAUAUCAAGUUUGAUCACGAGGAUAAGAAUUCAAUAAGUCUAUUGUGCAGAGAUUUAAAGGAUCAUAACACGGUUUGGACUAACUGUUGUAGCGAGAAACCGAAUAUCGUGUUGGAUAUCGAACGAUUGAUCUUUAGAGACUUGAUAACUGAAGUUUGUGAGAGAUGA